AUGGUCCUCCACCACAUCUCUUUACCGCCCCUGUCAGAAGUACGCCAACGACUUCGGCGAUCCAUCGUACCCCCCAAACUACCCACACACCAACACAUUCUUCUUGUCCUGUUCGCCAUAUGCCUCAUUCUCUUCGCUCGCGCUCUAGGCGGAUACGGCCAGGUCAAAGGACAUGCUCUAAUACAUUGCCCGCUACUCUCAGAUGGACACAAAUACCUUCCCAUCGCCCUCAUGCAUGAAGGCAAAAUAGCGGAACUUAAUAUAAAGCUCAAGGAGGAGGAGAUGAUGGCAAGAAUGGCGAUAAAGAACGAUCGCGAGCGUCGAGCGGAAGCUGUCGAUGGCGAGCUACAGGAGGAAACCGUAGUCAACAAAGGCGAACCGCCAGCGGACGAGGUGCUCGUUGAAGAACAAAUGCCAGUAAACGACCUCGAACAGCCCCCUACCAGUGAUGCAGCCCCCAUACCACCAGCACUUACCGAAGGAACAGAAACCUUUGCUGACGAUGGCCCGGACGAAGCGAUUUACGAGCCAGACCUCAAGGGGUCUACCCAUGAUGACGAUGAGGGCGAGUCUGUGGGCGAUGUGGGCGAUGCUGGACCUUUCCAUGGUGAAGAUGGCGGCGAGGUCAUGGCAGAAGAGCAAAUACUUGACUGA